AUGUUCCUGCCUACGCAACAGCAAGAACAGUCGGGCUACGCAGACGACUGCACCCUCUCACACAAAGAAUACCGUCCCCACACAAGACACUCCCGCAGGAGCCGGCCAAGCUGGCUCCGGGUCCUGUUCGUCUCCACGCUGGCCCUCCUGGCUCUCUUCAUCCUCCUCAACCCCCUCGUAUACUCCGCCCUCCAGCGUAAGAACGCCACGCGUGACGACGAGAGCUGCAGCCUCCGCAAGCUUGCAAACUGCUCCUCCGACGCCGCCAGCUUCCUCUACAACAACUCCACCGACGACGCUCCAGAGCAACACGCCCCUAGAAAGAAAAACUUCAUCCAAGCUCUCUUCUCAGGCGCCGCCGUGCACGAAAACGACAAGACCAGCAACGACAAUACCAACAACAACAACAACAACAACAAUAAUCAAGACGAGUCAGAACUACAAGGCCUUGACAUCAUAAACCACGCCGACAGCAUCAUCCGCAAUAUCAUGGAGGGCUCCAACAACGCAAUCGUCCCUCGUUUCAAGUUGGAGAAAAGAGCAGAUGAUUUCAACACGACAACCCUGUCCUCCUCAGACACUUUCGCAACCCCCACCCCCACUACUUCCUCAUCCCCAACUACUACUCCAACCACUUCCUCCUUCGACCCAUUCUCCCCAACCACCUCCAGCACAACCACCUCCGACCCAUCCCCCUCGCCUACCUCCUCCUCCUCAUCCUCCUCGUCCGAAGCCCCAUCUUCUUCGUCAUCAUCGACCUCAACCUCUCCUUCUUCCUCUUCUUCCUCAUCCACCUCAUCAGAAAUAUCUACCUCGUCCUCUUCAUUUUCUUCUACCACUUCCUCUUUUCCCUCCUUCACCUCUUCUUCCUCCUCAUUCUCAUUAACAUCUUCCUCUUCAUCGUCAUCCCCAGUACCUUCUUCAACUUUCUCAUCCUCAACUUUCUCUAGCUCCUCAUCCUCAUUCAGCUCAUUUAUCCCCUCAUCCUCCUCUCUGUCUUCAUCCUCAUUCUCGUCGUCUUCACUUUCAUCAUUACAUUUGUCAUCAUCGUCGUCCUCACAUUCUUCGACACAUUCUUCAACCCUCUCAUCAUCAUCUUCGUUCAUACCCUCCUCUACAACAUCAUCUCACUCAUCGAGUUCUUUUUCCAUAAUUCCAUCGACAACGACCUCCUCAUCCUCAUCCUCAUCCUCCUCAUCUUCUUCUUCUACGCAACCACCAACAACAGCAACAUCGAAGUACUCUUCAAAUCAUGGUUCGUUUAUCGUUUUAGCCUCUACCACUCUAAUCAACAGUGCAAGUACAGUGACUUACUUCCAGACAAUAACGGCCACUCCAGUUGCUAAUAGCACUGGUAUUUCCCAAAAAAAUAAAAAUAUUGCAAUCGGUGUCGCCAUUGGUAUUGGUAUCCCUGUGAUCAUCAUAAUUCUGAUUAUACUUCUGUUCCUAUAUCGUAGGAAACAAAUGAACUCUGUUAGGAACUAUGUUGAUUCGAACGGUAGAGAUGUCGGAAUUGCCGUUGAAGAUGGUAACCCUAUCAAGAAAACUUUCCGUCGUCUAUUCUAUGGAUUCCCAACCAUAAACAAUAACCCAACCCGUGGCGAUUUUGACGACGAUAUGCCUGAUGAUAUGAUCAAUGAACCAAAGCCUAACCUAAAUACCAACUUCAAUAACGAUUAUUCUAGCAACACAGGCUUUGUCGUUAAUCGCCCAAAACCCUUACAUCUAGUCAAUAGUGGGUCUAUAGCUGAAGAUCACGACUCAGACUCGAGCUUAGAUUUGGCGUCCGAGACCCAAUCUCCGUAUUCCAUGCCAAAGGAAACCUUAGAUGAAAACGACGAUACUGGCGAGGCCCAGCAUCCCGUCUUGGACACCGAAGAUACAGAAGACACCGACGACAUGGAUGCUGAUGAAUAUGUUCUAGCAGAUUCUGCUUCACCAACUGAUUCACACCGAGGUGACUUUCCACGUUUAGACCAUGAUACCAAUAAUACUUUAGAAUGA